AUGCGCCCGGCGAUCACUGACGAACUCACAGACUACCGGCGGAUACCCCGCACGCUCUCCCAUGUGUACUACGACCCGCUCACGCCCGAGAACGAAGCCGAAGUCGAGAAGAUCUUCAAGGCACUCACCUCCGACCCGUCCGACCCCGUGCAGCACAACCGCAAGCUCACGACGUGGGGCCGCACUAUCACCGUGCCGGAGAGCUCGAGCACGGUGGCGAAGUUUCGCUUCGACGAGCUGUGCGGGAUGCCGUUGAGCGCGGCGGACUAUCUGGAGAUCGUGAAGAACUUCAAGACGAUAUUCAUUCUGGACGUGCCAAAGAUGGGUAUGAGCCAGAAGGACAAGGCGAGGAGGUUCAUCACCUUCAUUGAUGCUAUGUAUAGCUACUCGCGAGCGUCUGUGCUCACCGCUCCAUCUCAUCCUUAUCUCCCGUCUGCCAUGUCCGCAACUGCCUUUCGUCCUGCGCUCCUCAUCGUGGAUGUCCAAGAGGACUUUUGCCCACGCAACGGUGCUCUCGCUGUUCCCGAUGGGCGGGCGGUCGUCCCCGUUAUCAACGACCUCCUCGCCCUCCCCUUCGUCCUCAAAAUCGCGACGAAGGACCACCACCCGCCGAACCACGUCAGCUUCGCGUCGAACCACGGGCCCGACGCGGAGCCGUACACGUCCGUCACCACGAUCACGAACCCCGCGAACGCGCGCGAGACGUACGAGACGCAGCUGUGGCCGGACCACUGUGUCGCGGGCACGCCGGGGAACGCGCUCGUGCGCGAGCUCGCCGCGGACAGGCUCGACCGCGUCGUGCUGAAGGGCACGGAUCCGCGCGUGGAGAUGUACUCUGCGUUCCGGAGCCCGCUGCGCGACCCGCCGCUCGCGUCGGCGGUGAGCGAGCUGGCGGAUCUGCUGAGGGGGCAUGAGGUGACGGAGGUGUUUGUGACGGGGCUGGCGGGGGACUACUGCGUGUUCCAUAGUGCGGUGGAUUGUGCGGAGGAGGGGUGGAAGACGUAUGUGGUUGAGGAGGCGACGAGGAGCGUUGGCGGGCAGGAGGGCUGGGAGAAGGCUGCUGCGCAGUUGAAGGAGAAGGGGGUGGGCAUCGUGCGGGCGGAUGGAGAGGAGGUCGGUCGCGUGCGUGAGCUGUCGGGCAGCGCGUGAGGCUUGCUGUGAACUUGAAGGUGCGUCGUCGAAUUUGUGAAAGCACCGAGAGACUCAAGUACUUGAAGCUCUCAGGUCAGCUCACACGUGAAGGUCGCUGUGGGAGCACCGAGGCAUCCUGUACUGUAUGUGUACUAUAGGGCAUGAGGCCCAUAUAAGAGACAAACUCUGGCUCUAUUGUUCGUUGUGCGGGGUACUGUGGAGAACAAUACUCUCCUCGCUCGGUGGCUGCCGCGAUCGAACUAGGCGAUGGGUGCAUACCGUGAUAAGCGUCUUCUUCUGCGC